AUGAAGGAAGGCCAAACAAGUUUUUGUGCCGGUUUAUUAAAUCGAACAGCCACAAAACAAUUCCAAUGUGAACGUGUACUUGGACGUUUCCAAUCUUAUUUACUUGAAAAAAGUUCAACUGGGGGUGGUCAACUCUUCUCCUCCCAUCCAUCUACACAAUCUUCUUCUAUACAAUCUUUACAACUACAACAAACAUUAAUUGCUGUUAAAUUAAUUAUAGCAACAUUAAUAGCUAUUUGUGCAGUUUCACAAUUUUGUGCUGGAAUUGUUUUAUUUGGCUAUUCUGCUAGAGCUAAUAAUUUUCGAUUAACUACAGCACAUAUGAAUUUAUUUUUUGGCUUUGGACUUAUACUUCUUUGGCCUAUACAUACAAGCUAUUGUUGCCCUCUCUUCUUUCUAUAUCUUCUACCUAUUAUAGGAAUAUAUUCACUUCUUUUUGCUUUACUUCCACUUCCACCUGUUGGACAUCCACUUCGACAAUUUUUUGCAAUUGUUGGCGCCGCCUUUGGCACUUUAUUAACAUCUUUAGCAACAUUUUCCCUCCUUUGUUGGGGAUAUAAUCCAACCUCAGAGGAGCUACGUGGACCACCUUUUCUCCCUCAAGAAAAGCCUGUACUUAAUUAUAUUAAAAGAAAACCAGCUACAGAACUUGGAUUUCUUCGAUUUUGUAAUUACCCUGAAUGGUUAUAUGCAAAUUGUGAGAGAGUAUUAGACUUUUCUUUUCCUUAUUUAGAUUGGAAUGGAGAACAGGUAUUCCAAGAGAAAAUAAUUAUUCGUUUGGCAAUUCAUUGUUUGUUGGCUAUUUGUUCUUUGGGACUUUUCCUUUUAUUUAUUGGGGAUGCUUUUUGUUCUUAA